AUGGCCGAUAACAAUAACAACGAUAUUAAUCAAACAGAAGAACAACUUGUAUUUAACGUUGGAGACAGGUAAGUACAGUAAUCUGAAUAUUCUAGGAGGUUAUAUUCCUAGAUUAUAUAGAUUCUUGUAAUAAUUUUCAAAUUUCAAUCUUUUUUUUUGCAGUGUUACUGGUUACACAAUAAUCGAGAAAAUCGAUGAAGGCGGUUAUGGCCAAGUGUUCAAAGUCUCCAAAGAUGACAAAAUUUUCGCGAUGAAAAUCGAAUCCAACAGUCAAGAAGGCGGAUCGGCGAUAAAAUUGGAAAUAGAAGUUUUGAAAGAUUUGAGAGCGAAAAAAAUGCCAAAUUUUCCAUUGGUUGUUCGAGCUGGAAGGAAAAUAAAAUAUCAUUUUUUGAUAAUGGAACUUCUCGGUGAAAACUUGCGCACUCUCAAAUUCCGAAGCAGCAAUCCAGAUUGUCUGAGUGUUGGAACAUGGACUCGACUCGGAAUUCAGUGUUUGUACACGUAAGUUUUUCUAAUUUUUUGGAAACUGUUUUUUUUGGGUUCAAUUCAAUAUUUUCCUUUCUUUCAGGAUAAAGUUGAUGCAUGAUUGUGGAUAUCUUCAUCGCGAUAUCAAACCAUCCAACUUCGCACUUGGCCCAUCAGAUGAUCUGCUCAAAAAACGACUAAUUUACUUGUUCGAUUUCGGAUUGGCUCGGAAAUUUGUUGUGAAAGCAAGAGAUGAAAGAGCAGCCGCAAUGACAAUGACUACAGUAACCCAACAAUCAGUUAUGGGAACAGUUGAAGAAAAAUUGGAAAAUAUAAAAUCGAGCGAUUAUCGAUGGAGGCUUGCAAGAAGAAGAACUGAUUUCCGAGGAACACAAAUGUAUGCAUCUCCAAAUGCACAUGAUCUCAAAGAAUUAGGAAGAGCUGAUGAUGUUUGGUCGCUGAUGUUUAUGUUGGCCGAAUUUAUUGCACCACUUCCGUGGGCAAACGAAGACAAAGAAUUGGCGAAUGUCAAAAAAUCAUCAAAACUUUCGGAGAUGUUCAAAUCAGAAGCAUUCGACAAAUUAGAAGAAAAUCUGAAAAGUUGUGAUUAUUACACUCCUCCAGAUUACGAAAUUGCUUAUAAUUUAAUGAAAAGUUUGUUGGAAAAAUCGGGAACAAAUUGGAAUGAUCCAUAUGAUUGGGAAAUGAAAGAUCAGCCAGAAAUCGAAUAUCGAAAAUGGAAAGAUGAGAAAACAAGUAAAAAUGUUGUUUAUGUAUGGGAGAAUCCGAAAGAAUUCUUCAAAUUGGAUAUAUGGUUGAAUGUUCCGAAACCAGGAAGUGUGAAACAGAAAUUGAAGAAGAAUGCGAGUGUCGAACAAAUCAGUGGACAACAAACAUCUGAAGGUAGAAAAAAGAAUGAAGAGAAUUUGGAAGCAACAAAAACAAUUGGAGAAGAAGGAAAAAGUGUUGAAGGAAAAAAGAAAUCCGCUUUAUCAAAAAGAAAAACACCGUCGAUUGUUAUGGAUUUUGGUAGGUUUUUUUUGUUUGUUUAUUUGGUGUUGACUGUGACUCAGAUUACUGUAAUUUCAAAGGGACCCAAUAGUUUUUCAUAAUAAUAAUAAUGCCAAAUGUUUUAUUGUUAGGAAUACUGUAGUUUCAUAUGUCAAAAACUAUCCAAUUAUUUUUUUUCCAGAUGACAAUGCAACCAAUUGUACAACAACAAUGUGUGCUGGUCCAGCUACUGUUCUUCCAACAGCACCAUUAAGACCAAUUGCUCCUUCACCAAGACGAAAAGGAAAAACUUCGAGAAAAAAGAAGGAAUCUUCUGUUCGAAACAAGCUCAAAAAUUUAAUUCGUAAAAAAUGA